AUGGAGAUAUUCGCUUAUUUACUGGUCCUCAGCGGCAUAUGCUCAGGCCUUGGCUUUGCCCAUAUUUCGCGCCAUAGCUCACAUCUCUAUGCUACUCCGCUAUUCCGUCCACUUAUAUGUGAAAUUCGACACAGUCCGAAAGAGGGACCAGCACCGCUGCGUGAGGACCCAACUCCAAGGGAAAGUAUUUCUCAGCAAAACCCGACAUCAUGGGAAGUCAGGCCUUCACCGGGCAAAGGCUUUGGCGUUUUUGCUACAAGGUUAAUCGAGCUUGGUGAGCGCAUCAUGGUCGAAGAGCCACUCUUCACCAUUCAGCCGCCAGAGUUUAUCCCCGGAAAAGGCUAUGAGCUAUCUGCCAUGGUCUCUUCAUUGGAUUCGGCCGUGGCCUCUCUCUCGCCGGAUCGGCGCGCAGAAUUUCAUUCGUGCCAUGCGCAUCACCUUCCUGGCGAGGAGAACAGCAACAUGGUAAUCUUUCGGAGCAACGCAUAUACACUGACUGACGGCACCAUCGCCAUGUUUCCAAAGAUCGCGCGGAUCAACCACUCGUGCCGUCCCAAUGCGGCAAAUGUUUGGAGCCAGGCCUCUGGGGUGAGGGUCAUAUGGGCGGCGAAGGAUAUCCUACCUGGAGAGGAAGUGACCGUGACUUAUGCACCACUUCUCAAGACGAGCGAGGAGCGUCAAAGUCGGCUGUCCCAGUAUGGGUUUCGAUGUAACUGUGAGGCAUGUAGUGACCAUUACCAUACAGAUUCGAGGCGCGUUAGAAUGGGUAGGCUCCUUACUGAGCUUGAGGAAAGACUAGGGCGAAGUACUUCCGACGUUGCGAAUAGAAGGCUCCUGCCAAAGGGGAGAGAGCUUUCUCAGAUGCUGGAGGAUGAGCAUCUAGCUGAUUACCUGGCGAACGCUUACCACCUGACAGCUGAGCUCUACCUUCGUUCCAAAAACAUAUCAGCUGCAGCAGAAUGGUCCAGGAAAGCACUGCAACUAAACGAAAAUGCUGAUAGGGAGUCACAUGCUUCCUUUAGAGAGCGAGAAUUUCUCGACAACAUUCUUUCGUGA